GUUUAGUUGAAGCGAGGCUGGGAGCUACCACACCUAUGCAGUGUACAUACUUUGGCAAAGUGCCAGAAUUUACCCCUGGGUACACACUUCUUCGAUCGAUAGGUUAUCUCUCUCAUGUGACAUGUAACACUUUGGCAGACUGCCAUUUGUGACGUCAUAUAACUUCUGGGUAUAUGCAUUCAUGAGGUGGAUCAAGCCCUGCAAUAAAUCUCCACUGCGUUCCAUCUGUGAUGCUAUAGAUAUGGAUAUGGAUGCUAAGAGUGAUGAUUCUUACAACAGUCCAGCUGAAGAUGAGAACACUGCUAUAGAGAGAAGUUUUAUGAACCUCAGAGAUAUUGAGGUGAGAUGUAUGAAAGCAGCUCGUAUGUGUUACGCCUCAUCGAGUACAUAUGAGCAUAAUGGCUUCUAUAUCAGAUGUGUUGGAGCAGUAGCAUUUGGUGUGACAUCAUCGCUUUCUGGUCCUGUAAUUGAGCAUUUUGUUAAGCCCUACACCCAGUCACACAUUUUAGAUUCCGAGUUCUUACUAUAUUUGAUUGGAACUGGACUUGCCAUCGUCAUCUUCUUUGGUGUGGUACGCGCAGUAGAGAAGGCUAUCGGAGCAUGGUACGACGAGAAGGCUCCAAAGUUCAACGAAGCUGCGGCCGAGUGGCAAGAACUAGAAUUGCGGAUCAAAGCUUUCCUUGCUGCUGCUGUCAAAGACACAAUUACAGUUAGUGAUGAUUCUUACAACAGUCCAGCUAAAGAUGAGAACACUGCUAUAGAGAGAAGUUUGAUGAACCUCAGAGAUAUUGAGGCGAGAUGUAUGAGAGCAGCUCCUAUGUGUUACGCCUCAUCGAGUGAAUAUGAGGACAAAGGUUUCAAGAUCAGAUGUGCUGGAGCAGCAGCGUCUGGUGGGAUAUCAUUGUUUUCAGGUUUUGCAGGUAGUGCAGUAAUGGAGCCUGUUGUUAAGCACUACUCCCAGGUCCUCAUUUUACGGUCCAAGUAUUUCCCACGUUUGACUGGAUUUGGAAUUGGCAUCGCCACCUUCUUUGGUAUGCUACAAGCAACAGACAGAGUUAUCGGCACAUGGUAUUACGAGAAGGCUCCGAAGUACAACAAAGCUGCGGCCGUGUGGCAAGAACUGGAGCUGCGGAUCAAAGCUUUCCUUGCUGCUGCUGUCAAAGACACAAUUACAGUUCAAGCCUGCAAAGAAUUCACAGAUGAGUGCGCGAAGAAACGCAAGGACAUAUGUCUUAUUGCUCGUCCAGAUCAAGAGGUCUACAAAAAGUUUGAAUCUGAUAAUGAGCGCCUUAUCAAACGCCUGGAAAACAUCCGGGAUUUUCACCAGAAAAGGAGAGAAAAACGCCUGUUUUCUUGUUAGUGCCUGCAUACUCCUCAUUUUGAAAAAUUAAUUAAGGGUCUUGGCACCAAUCAUCGCUUUGGGCGUGGCGUGUUGUACAUGUGAAACAACAUUAUGCUAUGUCAUAUUUAUUCUCUUGUUAAACAUUGUUGUUUUCUACCUGCAGUAAAGCAUUCCCGACAUACUAGUAUAUGCCUCACCUGCUGUUUUGCCUUUGACGCUGUGUAUUUUGUAAUGGACUGUAUUAAUUUUGUUCCCCAGAAUUCCCCCCAAAUGUAUUAUUUUCGCAUCAUGUCGGAUGGUUUCAUAAGUCCUUUCUCAUUCUCCAUACUGAAAAGCCGCAGGCCCAUAGUGCAUAUACUACAACGUGUAAUCAGAUAGGAUGAGUAAUUACAUUCUCACUGAUAUGGCCUGACAAAUAUACACUGAUAAGUUACGACCUGAUUUAAUUGAUUUACAGGCUGAUUUUAUCAGUAAAACACACAUAUUUACAUUUGGAUGAACAAAGAACCGUUUCAUAUCUUUCAACUCAGUAUAUUUAGUCAAUACUAAUUAAAAGUAUUAUUCAUCAUGCACAAUUUCUUACAAAGGUUUGUCUUAGUGAUAUUAAUCACACUUUUUGACUGUCUGUACCUUUUCUUUGUGCAAACAGUAUUUACUUCACCUGAUUUGUUGCAUUACUUAUAUGUUGUUCCCGUGGUAGCUUUUCAGUGUAUGUGACACUGUACCAAUUUAAUCAUUUUCAAUAAAUCAUUUGCUUCAGUAAU